AUGCAUUGGGGCAAUCGUUACAAUGCGCUGUAUCUACUCCUCUGCAUCUUCGCCGUAGCCUCUGUUGACUUGGCUUUUGCGGGCGAAACAGCACACGUUCGGGAGUACUUCUUCGUCGGCGGGCAGUACGUGAACACGAGCGCGGGAACGUUGUUCCAGAACCAAAUUUACGUCGAAAAGUUGAGCCCUUCACAGGUCAAGCAACCUUACCCUAUAAUCUUCCUGCAUGGAGGUGGGCAAGACGGAACCAACUUUCUAAAUAAGCCUGACGGCGGCAAAGGAUGGGCCUCGUGGUUUCUAGAUCAAGGCUAUGAAGUCUACGUGGUCGAUGAGCCCUCGCGGGGUCGCUCUCCAUGGAAUCCAUACGGAGGAUUUCCCGUGACGACGUACUCGGUGGAGACUAUCACAUCUCGCUUCACAGCAACCCAGUUGUCGAAUCUGUGGCCACAAGCAAAGCUACAUACACAGUGGCCCGGUCCGGGAACUCAGGGUGACCCAGUCUUUGACGCUUACUACGCGUCGGUCAUCCAGGGCACCGCCAAUGGUACUGAGCAUGAGCGCGCGAUGAAGGAAGCGGGUACAGUUCUCUUGGACAGGCUCGGACCAUCAAUACUCGUUACCCACUCGCAGGGUGGUCUUUACGGUUGGACGCUCGCAGAUGCGCGCCCGGACAACCUCAAAGCUCUUAUCCAGAUCGAACCCAAAGGUCCUCCUUUCCAAGAAGUCAUUUUCUCGACAGAAUUUACACGACCAUGGGGGCUGACGUCGGUUCCCUUGACCUACACCCCAACUCCGACCAACGCUUCGGCUCCUCUGGACACGCAGGUUGUUGCCUCAGACUCAACCGACCUUACGUCCUGCGUUUUGCAAGCCGAGCCAGCCCGCCAGUUGCCGAACUUGGCCAAGGUUCCAAUAUUAAUUGAAACUGGCGAGGCAUCAUACCACGCCAUGUAUGAUCAUUGCACACAGCUUUUCCUUCAGCAAGCAGGGGUCAACGCAGAGCACCUCGAGCUGGGAAAGACAGACAUCCAUGGCAAUGGACAUAUGCAAUUUAUGGAGAAGAACAGUGAUGAGAUAGCUGCCAAGCUCCAUGAAUGGAUCACCAAGACGGUGAGCGGCUCAUGA